AGGAGUGGAACAAGUCGAUUCCAGACAUUCCUCUCUGUCCCUAUGACAUCUAGGUACUUGGUGUGUCUAGCCAGGGACAGUAUGCUGCGGAGGUCCAGAUCCCAGCAGCUGUCAGCUCAGUAGUGCGACUCAAGGAUGGGUUGGACACUCCUGAUUUUGUCGGCGGGAAAGACUCAUGUACUGCCUUAAGUAGUUUCUUAAGAGGUACCUUGGCUAGUCUAGAAUUCACCGCUUAACUUGUAAAAUUAAAUCUUUAUUUAAACCGUAUGAUGUGCAGAUCAUCUCUUGUUCCAGGGCUCUUUUUGGGCAGCUUCGCUUUUGAUGGAACUGCUUGGACUUCAUGGUACUUUUAAUACUGUCUGCUGCUUUGCUGAGAUAUUGCAGAAUUUGCUGAAAACCUUAGCAAGUUGAACAUUUCAAGAUGAUGUUACAAGUUAAAGAAGAAGGUCAGAAAGAGUCGAUAAUUACUAGGACUCUCUUCCUCGCCUCGACUUGCCCGGGUUCUUAACCAGUUUCCCUCACGUGCAAGAAUAGCACUGGGAUGAAACUUUUAGUCUGUUUCUUCUACCGCCAACGCUCUUUUGCGGUUGCUUGCACUGAAACUACAUGAGAGGUUCGGCUGCUUAUGUAAAAUUAACGAACAAGUUUCUGAAGCCGCGCCGUGCGCCGCGACCUCCUCCGUGUGUUGAUGAUGACGUGGUGUUUUUCGUGUGAAGGACACAAGUCGCUCCUCCGUCAACAACAUUUGAAUGACGUGCGUCGCGCAAAGACACAACAGCGUUUAUGUGUGCACCUCUAGCCGCACCCCCUUCCCCCCACCAGGGCUGAAGGCUUACUGCUUGGUCUAUUUAUAUCCGCGGCUCCUCCUCCUCCCUGGCAGUCUAUUUUCAGCCCUACUCCCUCCAUCAACCCCCAUCUACUGUUUGUAAAUGUUUCUCUCCCUCGUAUCUAUUCUGGUCUCCUCUCCUCCUGUUGCCCGUCUCCUCAUCUUCUUUCCUUUGAUCUUCUAAUCCAGAUGUGUUUGCUUGCAAGCUACUUUUAAAAAGCUUUCGCGAUCCACCACCUCUUCUGUGACACCCACCUCCUGUGCGUUCAUGUCACUGGCCUCCAUCAGACACCAAGGUUAAGAGAGAACAAAGGUGUUUGUGUGUUUUCAUGUCUCACAAACAAACAACAGUGCAGGAAGUCUGUUGUGUACGGUUUCCUGGUGCAUCGGCUUCCUUUGCACUCGGUGAUCUACUUUUGUUCAUAUGCCUUCCUCCGUUGUGUUUACAUGUCGAAUGAAGUGUUGGUGUUCUCUUGGUCCUCACAUGGCUGUGGUUAAUCACAAGCUCCGUCCAAUCUUAACCAUUCUCAGAACCAAUUAUCACCAGGGGCUAUUUGUUUUAGAUGCAGCUUCAGUUCUAAAAGUGACCUCAGAUGCUUGAAAAAGAGGAGGCGGUUUUGGUCGUCCUUGUCAGGGACAUCAGGGGUUCAGUGCUCCAGUCAAUCAUCUCAUCCAUUGGUACCCAGAAACUUGUAUUCCUCCGCAAUGUCCACGACAACCACCUGGAUGGAAACUGGGGCCUGGGAUGCUCCACUGGUGGAGGUGCCAAGGAUCUGUUCAGUGUUGGAAACUGGAGUCAGGGUGAAAACGAAGGGAGACAGGACAGUCCCCUGUGGGCCCCCGGACCACUCUGACAGGUCUAUCUAUAUCUCUGUAGUAUGGGGAACUCUUCAGUGUCCUCACACAUCAGUACCGACAGGUGGCACUCGUGGUCAAAGGGGCAUUUUCGCCAACUGAUGCGUGUCCCAACUAAUUGCUAGGAGUGGAGGGAUAAGCAAAUUGUUUUUGUGGGAUAAGCAAAUAAGUGAGUUGAGUUUUGACUUGAAGGAAGACAUGACUUUUGUCACUAACUCAGACCUGGAUCUUCAUAUUGUCAGUUAGUGUUGUAACUAGUGCAGUAAACAGUGUAUGUUAAGUCCAGUUUCCACUUCCUUCAGGUCGACGUUUAACACUCCAAAGUAAAGUUUCCCUUUGUCUCAACUUCCUCUCCACCUAGUGAUCCACUUUCCGCGUCUCUUGCUUCCUCCUCCUCCUCCUCCUGCUGCUGCCGUCUCUCCUCUCUCUCUCUCUCUCUCUCUCUCUCUCUCUCUCUCUCUCUCUCUCUCUCUCUAAAGCGCUCAUUCAACAGCUCAAAGGCCAGUCACACACUUCCUCACACACACCCGCGGUGUCUCUCCGCCGCUGAAUAUUAGCGGUCCAACCAGCAGCUGGCUCCAGACUUGUCUGUUUUACUUGUGCUCACGAGAGACGGCGGAAGAUAAGAGGAUAAUGUUGCGGUUUUUCUGAGAGGAUUCUCGCUCAGCGCUCGUCCUCAGCUCUGCUCACUUUUCUACUUUUUUAAGUCAUAUCUGGCACCCUCCCUCCCAUCGCUGUAUUUCUCUCCUUCUGUCAUUCUCUCAAGCGCUCGGUUCUAAUUUUGGAAGCAUGGAACCUCGGGGAGUGCUCUCCCAAAGCUAUUUACGUCCUCGCCUCUCCUUAUCUUCCUCCUCCUACUCGUCCUCUUCUCCUCUCCCUCUCAUCAGCCAGGAGGAGAGCAGCGUGAGGAUCCUUUGAUGCAGCGAGCAGGGGAAUUCAGCUGCUCGUCCUCUCCAUGUUUGUGUUGUGUUCCUCGCUGUGGGAAGCUGCAGUUGCUCUGCUCUCCUGAAGCCAGCCACCUGCCCGCGGAUCCUUCAUCACUUUUCAACCCAAAGGAAACCAGAUUUACAACUAGAAACGGGAUUAUGUAAAUUCCCUUCUGCUGUUUUCUCUGGAGUCCAGAUUCCUGUCUUGAGAGGAGUCAAACUUUUCAUUCCAUCCGCGACUGGUACAUCCCAAAACAUACCUCAGCCACAUCACCAAAGCUAGCAGCGGGGAUUCCAGUCUUCCAGUCCUCUAAUUGAGCUUAACCUGCCCUGCUAAGUCCAGAUAUUCUAAAAGUGACUCUUUGUCUGGCACGUUUGAAGCAAGCCGAGGAGCUACCGGGAAGCUGCCACUGGAAUACUGCGGAAUUUCCCCGGGAUUUCAUUUUUUUAAGAAAAAGUUUGAACACAAUGACUCUUUUGCACUUGUCGUGUCCUGGAUCUGAGCCAUGAGACAGGAGUGGAACUGAGCAGCAUUUUCCUGCAGAUAGAAGAGUCGCUCUUGUCUUUGGCAUGCUGUUGCAUCCCACGGUGUCAGGAUUGUGCACCAUGUUGCAGACCAUCUAUGAGACAGAGUCUUGUUUCUCCUCCACCAGCACAGACAGCCACCAGCCUCUGGAGCUCCUGAGUAGCAGCAGGGGCUCCAGCAGCACCAUGCCCACAGCCGUGGUGGAGGUGAAGAGCAGCCUCCCGUCCGGCAUGCAGAGUCCAGUUGGGACCUCCAGUGAGCAGAGAGGAGGAGCUGGGGAAGGAGGUCCAGAGGAUGGUCCAGGUGGUGGAGGCGGUGGCGGCCCCGUGGACCUGCGCACCGAGUCCAGGGUGGGCUCUUUGUCUGUGGGGGCCGCCGGGGUGGACACCUCCCUAAGAGAGCAGCAGCUCCAGCACGAGCUGAUGCUCCUCAAACAGCAGCAGGAGCUCCAGAAGCAGCUUUUGUUCGCAGAGUUCCAGAAGAAGCACGAAGUGCUGACUCGGCAGCACGAGGUCCAGCUGCAGGAGCACCUCAAGCAACAACAGGAGCUGCUGGCAGCAAAGCGACAGCAAGAGCUGGAGCAGAAGAGGAAACUGGAGCAGCAGCGGCACGAGGAGCAGGAGAAGCAGCGGCUGGAGCAGCAGCUGCUGCUGCUCAGGAACAAAGAGAAGGGCAAAGAGAGUAAGUUCAGCUUCUGCUGCUCACAUCGCUGUGUGUGUGUGUGCACUGACUUACUCUGCCUGCUUGUCCGUGUUGUGGAAGGUGCAAUCGCCAGCACUGAGGUGAAGCUCAAGCUGCAGGAGUUUCUCCUCAACAAGAAAGAGCCUGGCACCGGUGGACUGAACCAUUCCUUCUCCCCAAAGUGCUGGGGGGGUCAGCACACUUCUCUGGAGCAGAACUCCCCGCCACAGAGUAACACUCCGGGAACUCCACCGUCUUACAAGCUUCCCUCGCUGCUCGGAAACUACGAAGGCAAAGACGACUUCCCGCUGCGCAAGACAGUCUCUGAACCGAACCUGAAGGUGCGAUCGCGGUUGAAGCAGAAGGUGGCGGAGAGGCGGAGCUCGCCGCUGCUCCGCAGGAAGGACGGCACCGUCAUCAGCACUUUCAAGAAGCGAGCCAUCGAGAUCUCCGUCUCCUCUCUGUGCAACAGCGCUCCAGGUUCUGGUCCCAGCAGCCCCAACAGUUCCAACUCGGCCAUCGCCAAUGGCAACACGGGUUCAGUCCCCAACAUCCAGAGUGAGCUGAGGUCUCUUCACCAAACGCUCGGUGCUGACGGGGCGCUGAGUCCUCUCAGCCUCUACACCUCCCCGUCCCUCCCCAAUAUCUCCCUGGGCCUUCCUGCCAACACGCACAUCACGACACCACAGAAGUUGUCGACUCAGCAGGAAGCCGAGCGCCAGGCCAUCCAGUCCCUGCGAGCGGGUGGAGCUCUCACUGGGAAGUUCCUCUCCACGUCGUCGCUGCCUGCAGGCGUGGGUCACGACGUCGAGACCCCUCCCCCCAGCUCCCACUCGGCUCAUUCCUCGCUACUGCAGCACGUCCUCCUGCUGGAGCAGGCGCGCCAGCAGACCGCCAUGUUGGCCGUCCCCAUGUACAACCAGUCGCCGCUGGUCACGGCGGAGAGAGGCGUGUCCAGCGGCCUGCGGACAGUCAACAAGCUGCCCCGCCACAGGCCGCUGGCCCGCACCCAGAGCGCCCCCUUGCCCCAGUCACCGCAGGCCCUGCAGCAGCUGGUGGUCCAGCAGCAGCACCAGCACUUCCUGGAGAAACACUACAAGAUGCUCUCCAAAGGGUCCGACCUCCCGAGACCUCCCCCGACCCACCCGGAGGAGACGGAGGAGGAGCUGACAGAGACAAACGACAUGCAGGAGGAGGACUCGGGGGUUCACAGGCUCCAGAAAGAGGCGUCUGACGACAGCUCGCAUCACUCAGACAGAGUGAAGAGCGAGGAGGAGCGCGGCGUCGUGCACGUGAAGGGGGAGAGCACAGAGAGCGAGCUGGAUGAAGAGGAGGAGGAUGAAGACGUCAUCACGCUGGGGGACGGCGAUGACGAGGAGCGGGGGAGUUACUCUCAGGCCUUGCAGCAGCCGGGCUCCUUCUCCUCGCUCACCCACCGACCUCUGGGCCGAGCGCAGUCGUCUCCGGCGACCACCGUGCAUCCCAUCAAGCACCUCUUCACCACUGGUUUGGUGUACGACAGCCUGAUGCUCAAGCAUCAGUGUGUGUGUGGAAACGCCCACAUCCAUCCCGAGCAUGCUGGGAGGGUUCAGAGCAUCUGGUCCCGGCUGCAGGAGACGGGCCUGUUGGGCCGCUGUGAGAGGAUUCGUGGGCGCAAAGCAUCUCUGGACGAGAUCCAGACCGUCCAUUCAGAAUUCCACACGCUGCUGUACGGAACCAGCCCUCUGAACCGGCACAAACUGGACCACAAGAAGCUGCUGGGUCCAAUCAGCCAGAAGAUGUACGCCGUGCUGCCCUGUGGAGGCAUCGGGGUGGACAGCGACACGGUUUGGAACGAGAUGCACUCGUCAGCAGCGGUCCGCAUGGCGGUGGGUUCUGUCAUUGAGUUGGCCUUCAGGGUGGCGGCGGGCGAGCUGAAGAAUGGAUUUGCGGUGGUGCGUCCACCGGGUCACCACGCGGAGGAGUCGACUGCCAUGGGGUUCUGCUUCUUCAACUCCGUUGCCAUCACUGCCAAGCUGCUACAGCAGAAACUGGGGGUUGGGAAGAUUCUGAUCGUGGACUGGGACAUUCACCACGGCAACGGUACCCAGCAGGCCUUCUACAGCGACCCCAACGUUCUCUACAUCUCCCUCCACCGAUACGACGACGGAAACUUCUUCCCAGGAAGCGGCGCCCCGGAGGAGGUGGGGUCGGGUCCAGGUGUCGGCUUCAACGUGAACAUCGCUUGGACCGGAGGAGUAGAGCCCCCUAUGGGCGAUGUGGAGUACCUCUCGGCCUUUCGGAACGUGGUGAUGCCGAUCGCUCAGCAGUUCAGUCCAGACGUGGUCCUGGUGUCCGCGGGUUUCGACGCCGUCGAGGGCCACCAGUCUCCUCUAGGAGGCUACAACGUCUCUGCCAAAUGUUUCGGCCAGCUGACGCAGCUGCUGAUGAGUCUGGCGGGUGGGCGGGUGGUGAUGGCGCUGGAGGGGGGUCACGACCUCACCGCCAUCUGCGACGCCUCGGAGGCCUGCGUCGCCGCCCUCCUGGGAGACCCGUGUGACUCUGGGUUCCAGUGGCCGCAGGAGAAGCCGUGUCCCAAAGCCUGUUCGUCUCUGGAGAGAGUCAGAGAGAUACAGGGUAAACACUGGUCCUGCCUGCAGACCAGCGGCCCAUCGCUAUUGGACGACUCUCUGUCGGCUCAGGGCCAGUCAGAGAAGGACGAGGCGGAGACGGUCAGUGCCAUGGCCUCGCUCAGCGUGGAUGUGGAGCAGCCGCGUCCAGAUGCUGACUCGGCAGAAACCAGCAGGUUGACGGAGGAGCCGAUGGAAGAGGAGCCGGUCUUGUAGGAGCUCGUACUUUGGAGCGCGCACGUCCUCUUCCCUCCCCCUCACCGAUUGUGUACAGGUACACACACAUUUACACAGAGCAGAACUGUGGACCACCCCGCCCAGCGGAGGAGGCCGCUGAGGGCGCCGGCGGGUCAGGUGACCCAGACCCCCGAGGAGGAGUGGACGUCUUGUUGGCAACUCCGCGGCGAGCAGAGGAGCCGGGACACGCUCCCAGCGUGUGACUGUGACUCUGACCUGGUUUCACACAACGAUCACCACUGAACAUUUCCAUCUGCGAUCAAAAUGUCCCGGCGGCGAGCGGACGACUUGUCUCCUCGCCCAGGCCGACGUGGAGCGCGGACGAGGAAGAGGACGAACCAGGUGCCUUUUUUAUUGUGUCCGGUCGGAGUUCACCGAGAAAAAAGAAACACACACACCACCGCUUUCACCUCAACAACCAGCCAAUCAGAGCUGAGGGAACACACUACGACACAUCUCUUCAUCUCGAUGCCUUAAUUUGUCCGUCUCACUCUAAAGUCAUCGCUGAAAAAACGUUUUUUGUUUCCGAGAAGCCAUUUUCAGACGCUACUAUUCGGUUCUGACCCGCUUUAACAGUAAUAAAACUCCAAUCAUGAAUCUCAGGAGCUGAACACGUCGAAGCGCGUCUGCUGGUGACCCAAGCCACGCCUCUUUUUGUUCAUUGGAUGACAUCAUCACCGACACCGUCGUGCAUCGUUGAGUGUAAAUAUUGUUUCCUGUCCUGUUGGUCAGAGCGCACAGGCUGUCGAGACCUGUACAUACAUCUAUGUAUAAACAAUAUUCUCUUUGUAUAAAAGUAUAUACUAUAUCGCACAUGUUUAUCAAUCAGGGUCAGUUUCCGCUGCCUUCUGCUGCCGCCGGAGCCCUCACUGUGGCCGAAACCCAGAGUGGACUAAAUACUGAUGGCGAGUGCAGAACUAGCUCGCGAGCUAGCUGUGGGAGAGGCUAGCUGGCCGCAAAGGUGGAGAGCAGAAUUGUCGCUCAGAAAACGUCAUUAUUGUCAGACCAAAAAGUGGGAACGCUGCACGAGUGUCCCAUUUUAUGAAGUUGUAGACUGUGGUUUCGCCAUUAUUUUGACGUGGUAAAUCUGCCGUUUUCUCCCGACUUGUUUUCUGAUGUUCGUUCGUUGAUGUUGGAAAGGUGGUAUGAUAUUCCUCGCGCUGAAAGUGACUUCCGUUAUUGUAUCGUUUGGAGGUCUUUUCCUGAAUUUACAAAGAAAGUCGCAAAGACGAAUCACCGUUCAAACUUUUCACAACGAACACAGGAGUCAAAUUUCUGAUGUCGUUUUUUUUUUAAAUUCAAGAACCAGCAUCGGAUAAUAUUAUACUUGGCUAAAGAUCAAUGGUACGUUUCUGACUCAUUUCCGUGAGCCCUCUAGUGGACACAUUGUGUACACGCCAGCAGGGCCAACACCCAAACCUUUAACAUUUUGCUGGGCUGAGGGAGAAAUCCUGAGAAAGACGCAGGUCAAGUCUUGACCAACAACAGCAUCUGACUGGUAAAAGUUGGUGUACGAAUUGAUGAUGUGUUUUGGAGAAAUCUGCAGUCGCUAGUGUCUGGAUGAGGGCGUCAGCUGUGAAACACCCGGUGACUCCAGGCUGCUAAACAUUAAUUGUACUAUCACUAUUUAGUCCACAAAUAUUCCGCCAUUUUGGAGUAGGUUUCGUACACAGUGACUAUCGUUCUGCUACUAAAGCUGCGUUCUGGUCGAAUUUGUACAAAUCACAACAGCUUGUAUCGCGUCCUGCCUGCCGACAAAGUUAGCCACACAAAAGGCCAUAAUGUUUUCGCCAUGUUAUCGGGUAUUCUUCGCAAUACGUAGAGACAGUCUUAAGAAGGUCGGAAGCCAUAUUUGAAUGCCAAUCCAAGAUCGGCCAAGUUAGUCAAGUGCGCCAGAGUUCUGGACUCGGGCGCAGCAGUUGAGCGUUAGCUCGCUGAAUUCGGUUUCCUGAGAUCGUAGAGCUGCACGAUACGUCGCAAUGCCAAACCCAUUGUUGAAAAAUUAGCUUUAUAACCGUUGAAUGUUCAUGCGAGACAAAUGCUAUUUUAGUACUCAAUAUUUAUGCUCUGACAAUGUUUGUAUCACGCAUGCUAGCUAGGUUAGCGCUGUGGCUACAUGGGCACUUUAGCUACAUUUGUGAAAAUGGAAACGAUGAAUUGAGCUAGCAAUAAAGGACGAAAUGUGAUGGAGCUGGUGGAGUCACAGAGUAUAAAAUAAAAUUGUCUUUAUGUCGACGCGAUCUCAGGAUGUCUGUGUGCCUCAGGUUCUUGUUAGCCCGGAUGAAAGCAGUUGUCGUGGUUCUUCACUUCACCAGCAGCCCACAGCAUUUUUACACUCUUGAGUCCGACUCUACUUUCCCUCAUGCCUGCAAUAAGCCGACGUGUCGUGCAGCUCUUCUGUCUUGUCGCUCGCGCUGCCCCCCCUCCCCCCGUGGCCACACCUCGGCACAGCAAUACUGACCGGGCGACAGAGAUGCACCCGAUCUGUUGCGAGCUGCUUCUUCAGCCUCGUGCGAACACUCGGGCUCUAAACCGGAUCAGCGAAGGCAGCGGCCUCGUGCCCGGGACGGUGUCAGGUUUUCGCAGGUAAACUCAGGAUGAACUCGACUGGAGUUCAUGUUGGUGCGGAGGUGGACGAGCAGGCGACGGGGCGAGCAGCAACACCGCGCGCUUCAGUGCGACGUCGAACCCCUCUCUUCUAGUUGAUCAUGAGAAGGAUGGAUAGGGGGCGCUGUAGAGUAAGAACAUGAAGUUAUGAGGCUCAAAAACAAUCCCUAUUUUUUGAAAUAGUUUGUCCUCAACAGUUAAAAAUAUCUAUUUUAAAAUAAUAUGAGAAAUUGACCUUCACAAAUAAAGGAGGGUUUGUGACGGCAAAGUCAUGAGAAGAUUUAUAUUUCUGACUCAUUUGCAUUUUUUUUCACUCCGGCCUUUGAUUAUUUUUAUUAAUUUAUUAUCUUCAUUUUUUUCAUUUUUCUAAUUAAUACAAAUUUCAGUUUCUUUUUUUUUUUAGUUUUUUUCUAUUCUAAUUCAUUUCUUAAUGAUUAUUUUAUACUUUUAUGGUGAAUGUUUUGUUUUUCAGUCACCCAUUUUUGGUGACACUCAGUUGGAGGCGUGUUCCUGCUGAAGGUUGGCGGUGAAGUGUCGCGUGCUGUUUGAGCCGCGGCGUUUGCUGCUCGCUGUCGCGUUCAUGACGUUUCGAUAAAACCAGCAGAGGUCACAACGUGUAUUUAACAUGAUAUUUGAGACACGCGGCGCCUCAUUGUUGCUCUCUCACACACACACACACACACACACUUGGACUCUUUUGUAUAUUUCCUGUUUGAUACCGUGCUGUAACGUCUUUGUGCGACGAGGACGCCCCGUCUCUCUCUUUCUCUCCUCUUUCUUUCUCUCUCUCUCUCUGUGGUGGAUCACAAGCACAUUCCUGACUCUUGGGACAGAUCUGAAAAGGUGUGGAUCUUUCGCCGCUUCACGUGUAAAUAAGGUUCAUGUUUGUGUUGACACGUGCAAUACAGCAGCGUUGUUUACUGUGACUCCUGGUCUCCUGCCGUGCUGCAGGGGAGCCGGACGUUUUAACAAAGUCCUUCCUUUCUUUUUUGUUUUUUUUUUUU